UGAGCAAGCGGACAGACUGGACUCCACAGAAUGGAGCAAGAAUGAGAGGAAAAAGGCAGACAGAAAAGCAUGAACUGGAGGCUUAUUGAGUUCCUCUACUUCCUCUUUAUAUGGGACCAUAUCACAAUCCAGCCCUCCUCCCAGGAACCCGCUGCGACCAACCAACAUGUCUCCAAGGAAUUUGAUUGGCUUAUUUCAGACAGGGGGCCUUUCCACCACGCGCGGAGCUACUUAUCCUUUGUGGAAAGACAUCGUCAAGGAUUUACAACCCGAUAUAAAAUAUACAGGGAAUUUGCCCGUUGGAAGGUGAGGAACACAGCCAUCGAGCGGAGAGAUCUGCUCCGUAACCCGGUCCCCCUGAUGCCUGAGUUCCAGAGGAGCAUCCGCCUGCUGGGCAGGAGGCCCACGACGCAGCAGUUCAUAGAUACCAUCAUCAAAAAGUACGGCACGCACAUACUCAUCUCUGCCACCUUGGGAGGAGAGGAAGCCUUGACCAUGUAUAUGGACAAAAGCCGACUUGACCGAAAGUCAGGCAAUGCAACCCAAAGCGUUGAGUCCCUUCACCAGCUCGCCUCCUCCUAUUUCGUGGACCGGGAUGGAACCAUGAGACGUCUCCAUGAGAUCCAGAUCUCUACUGGAGCGAUCAAGGUGACUGAAACACGGACAGGCCCAUUGGGUUGCAACAGUUACGACAAUCUGGACUCUGUGAGUUCCGUCCUUCUGCAAAGCACUGAGAGCAAACUCCACCUUCAAGGUCUCCAGGUCAUCUUCCCUCAGUACUUACAAGAGAAGUUUGUGCAGUCGGCGUUGAGUUACAUCAUGUGCAAUGGAGAGGGAGAAUAUGUUUGCCGAGACAGCCAAUGCGGUUGCCAGUGUGCCGAAGAAUUCCCACAAUGUAAUUGCCCCAUCACCGACAUUCAGAUCAUGGAGUACACCUUAGCCAACAUGGCAAAGUCUUGGACAGAGGCCUACAAAGAUCUAGAGAACUCAGAUGAAUUUAAAUCUUUCAUGAAGAGGCUACCUAGUAACCAUUUUUUGACCAUUGGGAGCAUCCACCAGCACUGGGGGAAUGACUGGGACCUCCAGAACCGGUACAAACUCCUCCAGAGUUCCAUGGAAAUCCAGCGCCAGAAGAUCCAACGCACUGCCCGCAAACUUUUUGGCCUCAGCAUCCGCUGUCGGCACAACCCUAACCACCAGCUGCCUCGAGAAAGAACAAUACAGCAGUGGCUAUCCAGGGUCCAGUCUCUCCUCUAUUGUAAUGAGAAUGGAUUCUGGGGCACCUUCUUGGAAAGCCAACGGAGCUGUGUCUGCCAUGGAAGCACCAGCUUGUGCCAGCGUCCCAUCCCUUGCAUCAUCGGAGGCAACAACAGCUGUGCCAUGUGCAGCCUGGCCAACAUCUCUCUCUGUGGCUCAUGCAACAAGGGCUACCGUCUCUCUCGAGGCCGCUGCGAGCCCCAGAAUGUGGACUCUGAACGGAGUGAGCAGUUCAUCAGCUUCGAGACAGACUUGGACUUCCAGGACUUGGAGCUGAAGUACCUCUUGCAGAAGAUGGACUCUCGCUUGUAUGUGCACACAACUUUCAUCAGCAAUGAGAUCCGCCUGGACACCUUCUUUGACCCCAGGUGGCGUAAGCGCAUGUCCCUCACCUUGAAGAGCAACAAGAACCGGAUGGACUUCAUCCACAUGGUGAUUGGCAUCUCCAUGCGCAUCUGCCAAGCGCGCAACACCAGCCUGGAUCCCUUGUUCUAUGUCUAUGUCAACCCUUUCAGCGGGAGCCACUCCGAAGGUUGGAACAUGCCCUUUGGAGAGUUUGGCUACCCUCGCUGGGAGAAAAUUCGCCUGCAGAACAGCCAGUGCUAUAACUGGACUCUGUUGCUGGGAAACCGGUGGAAAACCUUUUUUGAGACUGUCCACAUCUACCUACGCAGCCGAAGUCGGCUUUCUUCCUUCAUGCGCAAUGAGACUGGUCAAGGACCCGUGGAUCUGUCUGACCCCAACAAGCGCCUGUUCUAUAUCAAGAUCUCGGACAUCCAGGUGUUUGGAUACAGCUUGCGUUUUAAUGCCGACCUGUUGCGCAGUGCUGUGCAACAGGUCAACCAGUCCUACACGCAAGGUGGCCAGUUCUACUCGUCGUCCUCGGUCAUGUUACUACUGUUGGAUAUACGGGACCGAAUCAACAGACUGGCACCUCCAGUAGCACCGGGGAAACCCCAACUGGAUCUGUUCUCCUGUAUGCUGAAGCACCGCCUGAAACUGACCAACAGCGAGAUCAUCCGAGUCAAUCAUGCGCUGGAUCUCUACAACACCGAAAUCCUCAAACAGUCUGACCAAAUGACAGCCAAACUCUGCUAACCCAGACUUUUAUGUACUUAUGUACUACCAGACUCACCUUUUUGCUGUAAAAACAAAACAAAACACAAACACACACACACACAAAACCACAAACCAACAUUUAAAAAAAAGAAGAUGAAAGAAAAGAGUUUUAAAACAAAUAUGAAAAAAAUGUAAAAUGUAAUUAAUAUACAAAAGGGAUGGAAGAGAGAGAGAGAGAGAGAGGAAGGUCUUUGUUGGGAGAUGGAAAGAAAACCAUUCAAUGAACCAUGUCAAACUGCUGGGCAUGUUCUGUUAUUCGUCCAAAGAGUCGUAACAUGAGACUCCUUUGGGUAGGAUCCAGAGACAGUCAGGACGGGUGGGAUGGGGGACCAUUCAGAAAGAAGCCAAAAUGGUUGUUUUUGAGAUUUCCUGUAUUUAAUUGUAAAGAUUUCAGCUAUGCAGGUGCCAAAAAGAGAGAGGAAGGAAUGGAGAGAGAGAACGCUAAAAGAAUUCUGUGUACAGAUACAAAGAGUUGCCAUUUCUCCUAAGGGGACCAAUGGCCAAAGAUAAAAGAUAUUUCUUUUGUGAA